UCAUAAAACGAGUUUGCUACAUCUGUCAAUAGAUGGCAGAAAAUUAUCCAUUGACCUUGGAUCACAGGUCAAGAAGGGCCAGCGCGUGAUUUGGAAUAUUUGUUUCACGUAGUUGGGCGAAUUCCAAAAUACAGAUCCAAUUUGGUUGGGCUUGGUUCUUAGUAUUGCAACUCCCAUCAUUAUCGCUAUUACUGCUUUUCAUACUAGUAUACCAAAAAGCGUUAGAAGGUCGAAUCUAGUAGCAUUGGGAGUAAUAUUAAUAACUAUUAUCUAUUAAAGUUAAACUUUAAUACUUUAAGAUUUAAUUCUGUAACGCAGUGAAAAUUUGUGACUACUUUACGAAAUAUAUUAUUCAGCAGCAAUGAGUAAAAACAAUCUUUCUGCGGUUUUGGCACAAAAGGGAGAUUUACGACUGGAACAGAGACCAAUAUCAAAGCCAGGAAAAGAUGAAGUGCUGAUUGCUAUUCAUUCUGUUGGAAUAUGUGGUUCUGAUGUCCAUUACUGGGUAAAUGGAUGUAUUGGAGACUUUAUCGUUAAAGAGCCAAUGGUGUUGGGGCAUGAGUCAAGUGGUAUUGUUAAAGAAGUUGGGGAAGGAGUUACUGAUUUAAAGCCAGGAGAUCGAGUUGCUAUUGAACCAGGCAUUCCUUGCAGAAAAUGUAAAUUUUGCAAGUGUGGUCGUUACAACUUGUGUCCAGAUAUAAAAUUUUGUGCUACACCUCCUGUCCAUGGAACUCUUACACGUUUUUAUACACACCCUGCUGAUCUUUGUUACAAGUUGCCUGAUAAUGUGAGUUUAGAUGAAGGAGCUAUGUUAGAGCCUCUCUCUUGUGCUGUCCAUGCCUGCAAGAGAGCUAGAGUUACUGCAGGAAUGAAAGUUUUGGUGUGUGGAGCAGGACCAAUAGGAAUACUAAAUUUACUAACAGCUAAGGCAAUGGGUGCAUCUCAAGUUUGUAUUACUGACAUUUCAAGUAGUCGUCUGGAGUUUUCUCGUAAACUUGGCGCAGAUCACACUAUUCUGGUUGACACUAAGGAUGCCCAAGCACUGGUAACUAAAGUACAUGAGGCCUUAGGAGGAGCUCCAGAUGUUACCAUUGAAUGUAGUGGAGCUGAAUCCAGUAUCAUUCUAACAAUUUUGGCUACAAAAAGUGGAGGAGUUGUUGUACUAAUAGGAAUGGGUCCUCCUGAAGUAACAAUUCCUAUUGUUAGUGCAGCAGUUCGUGAAGUUGAUAUAAGGGGAAUUUUUCGAUAUACAAAUUGUUAUCCUAUUGCUCUGGAUCUGGUUGCCUCUGGCAAAGUUAACGUGAAACCUCUGAUCACCCAUCACUUUAAACUGGAGGAUUCUUUGAAAGCUUUUGAAACUUCAAAGACGGGGGAAGGUGGAGCCAUCAAAGUUAUGAUCCACUGUUAUCAGGAUUCUUAAGAUAGAAACCUGAUCUCAUCUAUUGCUCAGACAGAGGUGUUUGUGAAUCUCUGUCAAUCAAAGCAGUAAAUGUAGAAGAUCCAGUUAGUUCUUCUGUUUCACUUAAUUACUUAAUCUUUUUUUUUUAUUUCCUUAUAUGAAAUUGCUUUGAAAAUACUUGGAUUAACUAUUAAGUUGUGUGAAUAUUCAGUACCUGUAAACUGAUAUUUACCAAAGUAAUAUGAAUACUUUGCUUGAUAAAUAGAAAUUUGAAGGUUUCAAAUAACUUCUCAUUAUUGAAAAAUUCUUUUGUAUGAAGUAACUGCUGUCAAUAGAAAAAUGAGAUGUAAAACUGCAUGUACAGUAUUGUUGACAGGGACGGUUAUGUAGGAAGAAUUAUCCAGUUUUGCUGGAACAUUGAAAAUGUUUACUUGUAUUAGAUGUUUCUGAAGUUAUAUGAUUUAGAGUUUUGUAAUCUCAUAUUUUGCAUUAUACUUUGAAAUACUUUUUUUCCUAAUUAAACUGUUUUUUUUUUUAUUUCACAAAUAAAUCUGGUUUUAACUCUGCAGCUGGUUCUAGUUUAAGGUAAUGAGUUAAUGCAAUUAUAAAAUAUAGUUGUUUUAUAAAGAUGAAUCUCUUCCAAGAUUGCACAAAACUAUGGGUGUACUACAAAUCAAGAAAAGCAGCCAAAAGACAUAUCAUUAUGGCCUUUUUUCAUCCUUAUAUAUCACAAAUAAACUGAAAAUGUUCCAUACUAAAAUCUAGGCGAGUCUUCUAUGAUUAAUGAAAAGGAAAUAUUUUUAAUGAGUUUUCUGUAAGUUGUUCAAAUGGAACUUCAAUCAAUUAGUAAAGAAAUUCAAUGGAAAUAGCAUUGGUCCUGUUAAAUAAAGGUCUUGGGUUCAAGCUCCAGUCCCAGAGUUCCUUUUCGCAUAUUGACUUUUUUGCUUAUAACAAGGUUUGUUAGAAAAUAUAUUUACAUUGAUUCAUGAAAUGAACUUCAUUUACGUAUGUACAUAUACAUACAUACUAUCAAAAUAAAUUACCACAAAAACAGAGAGCUAACUCUAUAGAUGCUUUUAUUAAUUUUAACAAGGGUUGAUAACAAUAAAGAUAUUAAUAUACUUAACAUUUUCAGCUAAUCAAGUGUGCAAGAAAUGAGUCAUGUUUAAGCUAUACUUAUAACAUUGCUACAGGAUAGAUUUCAUUUACUAUUUUAAAGUUGCAACUAUAAGAAAGCAAAUUUUUAUUCCAAGAGUUUUUUCAAGUUAACAUUAUACAAUUGAAUUAUUAUUUAGAAGAUGUUAUGUCAUGCAUAUUUGAUAAUUUUUCUAAAAAAUAUAUUUUUAUUUUAGAACUGUAUGUAUUAUGUAUAACGUUUUAUGUAUUUUUUAUAUGCACAUGUAUUCCUUAAACUAGCAGUGUUUAAGGUUGGAUUUUUGGCUAGGUAAUAAAAUAAAUAAAAGCAA